AUGUGGGUUGGUCAACACAUCGGUGCUUUGGAUUAUCUCUUACCUCAAGAAUAUGUCACAAAUUUACGGAUUUUGCACAGCUCCGCACCCCAGUCUUCUUUCAAGGACGUCCUCACCGUCAUCAAAGAAGACUUUAAAAACGAUCCUUAUGAAAUAUUUGAAUCGAUCGAUGAGCAUCCUUUGGGGACAGCAAGUCUUGCACAAGUUCACAAAGCCGUUCUCAAGGAUGGAAGUUCUGUCGCCGUGAAAGUGCAGCAUCGCUCAGUCAAAUCGAACUCCUACGUCGAUAUAAAAACAAUGGCAGCACUUGUGAAAAUUACCUCUUGGAUAUUCCCGGAUUUUGAAUUCGAGUGGCUUGUCGAUGAAACGAAAAAAAAUAUCCCUCGCGAGUUGGAUUUUACGCAAGAGGGGAGAAAUGCUGAAAAGUUGCAGAUUAUGUUUAAACAGUACCACUGGCUGAAGGUACCGAGUAUUUAUUGGGAUGUUUCAUCGCCUCGAGUGCUAACAAUGGAAUUUGUAGAUGGCGGACAAAUCAACGAUGUGUCUUAUCUGCGAAAGAACGGCCUCAAUUUUUACGAAGUUAGCAACAAAUUGGGCCGUUUAUAUAGUCACAUGAUCUUCAUAACUGGUUUCGUUCAUUCGGAUCCUCAUCCAGGAAAUAUUCUUGUACGGAAAAAGGGAAAUGAGGCUGAAAUCGUGCUUCUUGAUCAUGGACUGUACGCAGAUUUGACGAACGAAUUCCGAUGGGAAUAUUCAAAACUUUGGCUGGCAAUUUUGAAUGGUGAUAAGACGGCAAUGCAAAAACAUUGCGCAAAACUUGGUGUUGGAGAGUUGUACGCUCUUUUUGCGUGUAUGGUUUCGGGAAGAACUUGGGAAACAAUAAUGAAUGGAGUACAAAAGAAUAAAUAUUCCUCGACCGAAAAAGAACUUUUCCAGAAGGAGAUUCCAAAUUUGCUUCCUCAGAUCAGCAGUGUUUUGCAAAGGGUUGAUAGACAAAUGCUCUUGAUUCUCAAGACGAACGAUUUGAUUCGUUGUAUUGAAUACACUUUGAACACUCAAUCACGAAUGUCUGCGUUUAUGGAAAUGUCAAAGUGUUGCGUCCAAUCUGUUUACGGCGAAAAACUCAAAUCGUGUGAGACUAAUUGGUCUAGAUGGACAGUUUCCAUUUCUGAGCAAUGGACGCUUUUUAAACUUUCGCUCUAUUAUGUGUAUUUGGGUAUGUUAAACUUCAAUAUUAUGAAAAGCGUGGAGUCGCUUCAAAACAAGGACUUUUAUCCCAUUUAACGAAUGUGGAUUUUAGUCUGCUCUUUUAUUUAUUAAUCACGUGAAAGUCAAGAGAGCGAAUUAAAUUCGCGGAGAAUCUUCGAAUCUUCGGAGAGUAUUAAAUUUUUAUUUUUAUGAAAGGCUAUGCUAAAAAACUAUUCUUGAAAGGGUUUGGUAUUUUUAACUAAUUUUUUCCCCAGAGCUCAAAUGCUUGAAACUUUGCCAAGAUUCAAAUACCUCAUGCAUACCUUUUUUUUAAUAAUGCACGUACAAAUAUUGUUUAAUAUAUAAAUAUAUGUAUAUUUUUUUUAUGAUUGCGAGCAGCAUAAUCAAUUCGUAAAAUUUCAGAAGAUUUUAGAAAAGAGUAGAUAUAAAAUUGAGUGGAUGUGUGAGUUAGCC